AUGCUACGCUGGGCAGAGCACGUCCACAGGCCUUUGGUGAGGGGGCCUAAUAAUCUCGGCAUCCGUGCCUCCCCCACCCACAGUCCUUCAUCUGGGAAAGCAAGACUUUCUAACCUACCUCGCCGAAAGCGCGUUCGCGCUCAACAUGGGGGCAAGACGUUCAUGAAGCCGAAAGUCAGAAUCCAGGUUUCCGUCACCGUCGAGGACAAGUUAACCGCGCCAGUUCAGCUUCCCGAGGCUCCUCAACUUCCCCUUCGAGUACUGACGAUAUCUAUAACCGACCUCUACCAGGCAACUCGUCACAUCAUCGGUCACAGUUCUUGGGAAACCAUCGCCGUCGAAGACAAGGCCUUCCUCGAGAAAUUGCGUCGGGCUUUCAUGAGACAUGACUUCAUCGCUGGAGUGAAAGGAAUCAAGAAAAAACUUGAUAGCGUCGACGUUGAGAAGAAUAGACGUGAUGCAGAAGAACACGAAGUUAUUGCUCAACAACUCAUAGCUGAAGAGAAGAAACGGGCUGAGCUGGCCGUGGCUAAGGCGAAAUGGCAAACGCAGCAAAUCAAGAGGCAGUGGGGCAAAUGGGUCAGAGCGGCUUUGUGCGGACAGAAACAUCCAAUGAAACCCCCUCUGGCCUACCGUGCACGAUGGGCCUGGUAUGAUGAGAAGUGGGAUGAUAUAGAGAAAGGUCGGGUUCAAUAUCCGAUUGCGUUUGAGGAGAUUCCUUGGCCUAGCAUGACUCCGAAUCAAUUAGAGUUGACGGACUUCGAGGCUUUUGCGCUCUCCCCUGCUCGACCAGGCUACGAGACGUUGUACUGGUCUGAGCGGCUAGACCGUGAACGCAAGCGGUGGAAUGUUGACAACAUCACACGGUUCUUCCUUCCUUUACUCGCUGCACAUCUCCGCGAAGGUGUUGCUGGGUGUGCCGAAACUAUUGUUGGACACUGUGACACACUCUUGUACAAGUAUACGGAGUGCGAUUACUAG